ACUUAUAUUACAAGACUCAAAUAAAAAGGUUUGGAAAGCAGUUUAUAGGACCUUCUCCUGAUUUUGUGUCUUACCCCUGCACUGAGCACGAGGGCAAAACCCACCGCUUGCUGGUCACUGCAAAGGUUGGAGGGAGAACACUACUUUAUCUCGUUUUGAGAUACUAGCCUCGCUUGUGUUCAAGAGCACGAGGAGGAGGGGAGGGGAAGUGAGUUUGUAAUAUUGGUGUAUUUACUCGGUCUCCUUGCACAAGUUGUCGUUCCCUUAUGCUUCAUCUCUUUCUUGUGACAGUUAGUUAAAUGAGGUAAUGGCAACCAUACAUCUAUGAAGGAUUGUUUCAGGAAUGGCAAUGUUAUAUAAAGUUUUACCAAAGAUUUUCAAUUGACAAUGCUGAGAAGAUGUAUUAUUUGCAGAUUUGCACUUUUAGGUGUUUGAAUUAAAGACUCCAAAGAUUCUUGAAAUAACUGAAUUGUUUUGGCUCUCCACAACAAUGUUAAAACUGAGAAGCACAUUAAUAGAGCUAGGGGAGCUUAGCUUACCUGAUCAUAACAAUCAGCCUGCUUUGAAAAGAUUUUGUGUGGAUAUUGAUAAAGAAAUUAGCAACUUUUUUGAGUUAUGUCCAGAGUUAAAGGAGAAAAAAGGCUCGUCAAUGACACCAUCAGAGGAUGAAUGUUUACCUUCAGCUUCUAACUCUGAACCUUCUUUUGCUUCAUUGUUAAAUUUACCAUCAACUUCAGCAUCAGCACCAACUUCAGCAUCAGCAUCAACUUCAGCAUCAGCACCAACUUCAGCAUCAUCACCAACUUCAGCAUCAUCACCAACUUCAGCAUCAGAACCAAUCUCUCCAUCAACAUCAACUUCACCUUCACAGAUUUCAUCUCCAUGGACUUCGCCAUCAUCAGCUUCAUCUUCACCCAGUAGACCAUCAUGGGCAUUGUUUUCGUCAAUUUUUGAUAAUUUGGUACAACAACAAGAAGGCAGACAAAGAUUAAACAUGGAAGCAUUGAAAGAAUAUGAUUUAUCUAAAAUGGCUGCAGAUUCUGAAGCUAUUGUAUCAGAAAACUUUUAUCAGGGAUCUUCUAUUUGUGAUGAAUCAGUCAGGGAACAUGUCGAGAUGAUCAGAGACUUUAUGAACAAACAUGUUUAUGGAGAAUUGCCUACAGAUGAUUCAUUGAUGCUUCUUUUUAGACAAUUUAGAGCUUUCUACAUUCAUAAAUUAACAAAAAUCAAUUCAAAGCAGUUGCACAUUGAAAGAGGAAUGAAGAAAAUUCGUUUUGAUUUCUCAGUCACCAAGAAAAAAAGUAAAAAAGGGUUCUUAGCUGCUCGGUAUUUUGCAAAGAUGAAGAGAAGGGAGAGGUUGGAGAAAACAUUAAAAAAGUUGCAUAGCGCUAUUGCAAAUACAUUCAAAUUUGGCCAAAGGCACAAUGUUAACUAUGCUGAUUUCUUUGACGAUGAUGAUGUCUCAGAUUUCCCUUGGCAUCCAGCUGAAAUUGAGCUUUGUGGUUUAAUAGAGUACGAUAGGAUUUUCAGUAAAAAGAUGGAAAAAUAUCAACAAUAUCUCUCUGAUGUUGAAGAAAGAAUUCUACAAAGUCAUUCAACAGCCUGUUGAAAAAAUUUUUGGAAUUCCUCGACAUUGCUUUGUUCUUUUUUGUAUAUUUUGUAGUAUUUGAAAAGUAUUUUUGUUUAAGAUUUUUUGUUAUUUUGUUUGUGAUACAAUUGUGAUAUGAUAAACAUAAAUGAUAAACAAUUAUAAUUUUUAUAAUCAAACAGAAUUCAUAUACAUUUAUAAACAUUGUAUAAUAAUUUAAGAGAAUGUAUAAAUGGUUAAGCAAUACGUUUUUUUUAUUUCUAGAUAGAAAUUGAUAAUUUCUUCAAAAUUCAGAUACAAUGUUCUUUAAAGAUCAAUUAAUUUCUGUUAAAUGUAUUCCCCCCUUGUAGAUGUAUUCUUUUUUGCACAAUGAUAUCAAUAACUGGUUCAUCAUUUGGUCGAUUUCCUUCUUUUAUUUGCAGAUAAUUUCAAGUCUGAAAGUAAUGAAUGAGGUAUUGAGAGUAAUGCUCGCUUGAGGUAUUAAACGAAGCUUGUCAUUUGUAUUUAUCAGUUUUAAAAGUUAUUUGGCUUCAUCUUUAGCUUCAUUAUUUCGCACUUUUAUUAUAUUUCAAUGCCCCAUUUGAUACUUUCAGUUUUGAAGACUUGCUGUACUUUAAAUGGUGUAAGCGUAAAAAUUGUUCUGUUCUGUAAUGUUCUGUAGACUAAGGUACUUAUAAGAUCGAUGGCCUUAUUCCAAUAUCUUAAUUGUUGCUUUCAUCGUUUUUUCUGCUUUCUAUUCCAGAAUAUCAAACUCUUAAUAAUAACCCAUAACUAUCCUCUUAUUAUCUCUUAUUUUCGUAAUAUAUUCGAUUGCUAGAAAACUGUAUAAUGUUAAAGUUUGUCACUAAUUCAUUGACUUUUCUUCCUAAAAUUUAAGGUUUGGCAACAUUUCAGAUUAUUUUUCCUGGUCUGUUGUGCAUCAUCGACCUCGAGUCUUCCGAAUUCAGCCUCUUAUUUUUGUAUUUUGGCUUGUUCGACUUGUUAGAGAAAGUUUUAAAAUUGAUCUCUAUCUCUUGAAAAAGAUUUGGUUUACACAAAAGUAAUCCAUUGAAUUUAACCCUCAAUUUAGAUUUUCUGAACACGGCUCAACUUUGGUAGUUUGCCUUAUUCAAGUUUUUUUCAACUUUCGGCGUAGGUAAAAUUGUUUAUACUUUAUUUUAUUUGAAAAGAUAAUUGUUAUACUAAUGUUUCAAUUAUAGUGUAUUCGAUUGAAAUUUUUUGACAUUCGAUCGACAUUUGAUUGACAUUCAAUCGACAUUGAUUGACAUUCAAUCGACAUUGAUUGACAUUCGAUCGACAUUGAUUGACAUUCGAUCGACAUUGAUUGACAUUCGAUCAACAUUGAUUGACACUCGAUCGACAUUUGAUUGGCAGUUAUUGUCGUUAUUGUUGUUGAUUGGCUAAAGAUAUAAAUUCCCAAUUCCUUAUUGACCAAUAAGAGUUCAAGCAAUGUACAGCAGUUGGUUUUUUUGCACGUCUUUGCUAAUACUCAGCAAAAAAGGUAAUGUAAAAUGUGGCGCCAAAUAGUUUUGCUUUUUAAAAAAUCGAUUUGUUGAUAAAUUUAUAAAAAAACUGUCAUUCUAAUCAGCAAAACUAAAAAUCAAUUAUAAACUAUGCUCAGUGUCUGCUGUUUAUCCACUCCUAUAGACUUGCAGAGCUAGACGAGGAGGUUACUUCUAUUAAGGCCUGAGAGGGGUCCAGUUGAUUCGAGGGUCUUAGCAAAUGGCCCAUUUUCGAUAAUAACACAACGGCUUAGUUUAGCUUGCAAUUUAUUAUAGACAAUGAACAAGAUUUUAUUUUCUCGAAUCAACAACAGUCAAUGGAGAAGAAAUUUAUCAAAGAAGGACCAUGCGCGCACAAAGAAAUGGAAGCUACCAAGGAUAUUCCGUAUUUAUGCUACCAUUUGAGGGUUAUUGUCAAAAAAGACUAUCAUUUGAGGGUGAUUUUUAACAUUUUUGCUUUUUGCCCUCUUGACUGAACUUAGGCAAUAGUGGGAGUACCCCCGGGCUUGCAGAACCUGCCUCGAAUCGAGAACGAUGAAAGAAACAAAAAUUGUUUAUGAGUCUUCAACUCUCCCUUAAGGUCUAUUUGAUAUACGAAGCGUUUCCAAAGUCUGGGGCAAAUGUAGUCAAAAUGGGAGCACCUCAGUAAAAUGCAAAUCGGUUCUUUACACAUGUUUCGUGUCUCGUGUGCCCUCCGGUUCUUACUUCUAUGCUAGAGUCACCAAUGGAUAAAAUGAAACCGGCGCCUAGCUGAUAAAAUGCCAUGUUUUAUUAUCUUUAGUAGAGGUAAAAGCUUAUUAUCAUUCUUGAUAAACUGGUCGAUAUCACAUAUCAAUUUCAUCAUCAUGGAAUUCAUAUGAUAUAAUUUAGUCAUUGAAUUCUAGUAUAUCUUUGGAAUAUUUUUUAAGCUUGAACUUUCCACACGAUCCCUUUAUUCAUCUUUUCAAACAAUACCUUAUUUUCUCUAUCUUUCUUGGCAUUUUCGAUGUAGGUUUGAUAGUGUUUUCGAACAAGAUUUCUUUCACAAAUUGUUCAUUGUAUUUUAUUCUUUAAGGCGUCCAAUGUUUUGCAGAUUGAAGAACUUUGGAUCUUUGUCUUGAAAUAAUUCUAUUGCAUCACCUAUUUGCAAAUUGACAUUCUUCACAGUAACAUUUUCGAAAGCUUUGGAUCAAGUUGAAAUUCAAAAACUCCUUCUAAAGCUGCUAAGUCUACA